AUGCUGAGACUCAGCAUCAUGGACAGUCUGCGUCUGUGGGCGUCGUCUCUUCACACCAUGCUUAGUCGGCUUGUGGUAAAUGGAGACCCUGCGGAGACCAUAGAGCAAUCAACAUUGUUACUAUUCCUCACCGGUACUUAGUGCCUCCUCUUCCGGUCUUCACCAAAGCCCUAUUUACCGAAGUGGUUUUCGUAUACAUCGACCUGUUGCACGUCUGUUAUAAAAUACAGAUCGCCACGGAUAAUAUACCCAAGACACCAGUCACUGCCAAAGUUGGCCUCUUUGAAUUUAGCCGAAUGAUCUUUGGCCUUCUCAAUGUCUCCCAGACAUUCAGGGUACUUAGUAAUUUCGUAAUUUUAUUUUAAAUCAAAGCCCAAAAUAGUCUAUGCAGAUUUAAACUUUACGCGUUACGGUAGGUAGAGAGAGAGAGAGAUAGAGAGAGAGAGAGAGAGAGAGAGAGAGAGAGAGAGAGGGAGAGAGAGCGCGAAGUAUAAAGAGAAGAACGUUCAGGCCAUAAUGCGGAGCCGAAAAUAGUCAACUGCCCAAAGAAGUAAGGUUUUGGUUAUUCUCCUGGCGUAGCAAUAAUUGCACUCUUCUAAGUCCAGGUUGGGGAGGAGGAGAAAGUGUGGUAGGUGCUUUGCAAGUCUACUACCACUAUAAACAAAUUUACGCACAAGUCAUCGUCCCUGCUCUCACCCUGCUGUGGAUCAUACAGCAGACAUCGCUAGCAACUUCUGUUAAAUUACCGUGCGUGUGUGUGCGUGAAGCACGCAGGUCCCAGCUGCACCCACCUCACAAUGCAAACGCACAACCGCCUCCAACGCGUCCGCAGUGUCAACGGACAUUCCGGACACGGAUUGGGCUUGUUGGACGCCACCGGAUAAACUGCACCACUCGAACCGCACCAACCAUCGUCCUUCGUCCAACUCCUUCUCGUCUUCCACGCCAGCUAACACUGACCGCCCUCCUGAACCACCGCUUCCAUUCUCCUCCUCCUCCUCCUCCUCCUCCUCCUCCUCCCCCGUUGCUCCAACGCCUGCCGUUGCAGCGCCUGCCACGCUUUUCAACACUGCACACAAUCUUGACAAAUCGGCAAAAACAUCACUACCACCGUCGACAUCAGAGGUGGGGACCAGGAUUACACCUGCCCUCACUGCGACCGCACGUUCACCUCACACAUCGGCCUGGUCGGUCACUUGCGAAUCCAUGGCACAGAGAUCAACGAACCAGUGCCUGGAGCGCAACCUAUACCCACCGAACUCGCUUCCACUGUCCACACUGUCUUCGAACUUUCACGCAUCGCAUGCGUCUAUUCGGCCACAUGCGCAUCCACGAAAACCUGCGGUAGACAACCGCCGGUUGCACCACACCAUCACAUCCUCCCUCACCGCUCAUUAAUAUCACCCACCGCAAGCGCCCAACUACCACCUCCCACUUGCGUGGGAGGUGUGCGUCUCGACUCCGUCUCCGUGCGGCUCCUGUUGCAUGUGUGACUUGAGCCUGAGACUAUCCUGACGCGUCAAGCGGCUUGGAUAGGAAGGUUACUGGUUGACGCCCCAACUCGGUCCACGCAGUCCAUCCAGGUGUGUGUGUGUGUGUGUGUGUGUUUGGGGGGCCAGUUCGUUCAUGUGGCGCGCGCAGACAAUGUCACUCGACCAUGUCAGCCACGCGCCCAUUCCCCGCUGCAGUCAGCUGACCGGCUAGGACAGGGACUGAGGUGUGGGAAUGGGGAGGGAAAGUGAACUCGACGACUCAGCGCAUUUUCCUUCUCACUACAAUCAAUCUGACCCGCUUGAAGCUAUCACGGUGCGCUAAAAGCCGUGGCUUGUAAGGUUGCCAACUGACGGGACAACUUGGACCUUGCGGACGGCCCAGUGCUGUGCGUUUGUUUGGAGUGGUCGGCUGGAGGUAUGAGAGUCAGUCAUGUGCACGAAGGUAGUACAGAGGUGGGCUCGCAUCACCUCCCACUACUCCUGAAACUGCCCAGCAGCAAAGACCAUGUAGUGUCGUCGGAAGCCACAAUGGCUUCCUGGCAAUUGUUUUUGCUCGGGGUGGUCAUUGAGAUGAUUAGGAAGAAGGCGAGCGAAGAUCUUCCAGACGACGUUGAGUAACGAGAUGCCUCUAUGUUUAUCACAGAAUUGCUUUUCCCUUUGCGCUUGUAAACAUUGACUAUGGUCGCGCCUUUGAAGUUGUGAAGGUCCUCUGCCUGUCGCCACAUAUCCGUUAGUUGAUCAAUCAGUCGGUGGUUGCCGUGUUUGUAGAUUGUGUGUGGGUGUGCCCCGCAAACGGGCCACGUGGUAGAUGCACUCGACCAACACGGGGGCCACAUCGGGUUCUGGCAGGCGUUAUCUUGCGCAAUAGUAAAUGCCAACAUCUAGGGGGUGCUCUGGCAGACCCGGUUGUCGGCUGUCGUCGUACAAUCUGGGAUCACUGCCGCCUCCAUUGUUUUGUCGGUCAAAAUCCUGGUCAUUGUUGUGUGGGCCAGGGGGUACGGAGUGGAGCGCCAAGGUGCGGAUCCGUCCAAGCUAUCCACCUGCGGCCUCCCUCAUAUCCGGUCUUCUUGAAUCUGUCUUGACACCGGGCUCAGGUGGGGAAGGAGGAGAGAGUGUGGUAAAUGCAGCGCAAGUCUGUCGGCACUAUAAAACUCCGCGCAAGUCACCGUCCCUACUCCCACCACCUGCUCUGUGUGUAUGUGUCUGGGGAGUGUAGGAGUGUCCAGCGGUGGACUCACGUGACGGUCGUUGUGGUUUCUCACCUGCUUGCAGGUGCAGACUACGCCUAGCGUCCAUUUGCUGGCACUAAACUCUUACCUGUGGCUCCACGCAGCUGGGCUCUGCUCAGCGGCCACACCCCGGCAACCGCCUCGACCGAUGGGCUAAACCAGUUGAGGGUAUCCAUGUGUGCACCUGCACACACGGUACUGUGGUCUACGCUGGCCGGAUGGAUCUUCGCGUCGGCAUCGUCGAGACGAGGCUCUGUCUGGACCACCGCAGGAGGCCACCAGGUAAGUGAAUCCUCAGGUAAGUGAACUUUGCUCUGUUUCCUUACUUGCCUGCUCGAGUCCCAUGCUGUAUGCUGCUCUUGUUGCCUGCUCUGUAUCUGUUAGUCUGUUCCUCUCUUUGCUAAUAGCUAGGAGUUACUGUGCUUGACAUAGAAUGAUGUCCUGCUACUUCUGUCCCUACCUGAUGGCUAUCUCUACUUGUCCAUCCUAACUGUAAGUCUAUGGCGUUCUGUUUUGUGUAUCCUCUCUCCUACUUAGUUCCCCCCCCCUCAAGGUCCCAGGCUAAUUCGGGGCGUUCUUUCACUAACAAAAAGUCUUGGCUCAUUGGGGAGUUGGGCAGCCGUCUGGGAUAACCGGACAGCCCUAUUUAGGGGAUGCGCUGCCUGUCCCCACAAAGGGAAGGGGCUAGAAAAGGUGCCCUAAAACUGCUGGGAAUAAUGCUGUAUGUAGGCUGGCAGUGACCGCAGACAUAACACACACGGUCGAAACAGCCAAAACCGAAACAACACAUAUCUCUCUCUUCCACUUCCUGCCCAUUCCCCUUCUUCCUCUCCUCCUUUUCGUCACCGCAAUCGGUUGACUGGCAGGGAGAGUCCGCUCACUCUGGCAGCCUGGAAUGUUCGUUCUCUUUUAGACAAUCCGAGGAGCAACCGACCGGAACGGAGGACAACGCUAGUGGCCCGGGAACUGGCGCGCUACAUGGUGGACAUCGCCACACUCAGCGAGACCCCAUUCUCCGAACAAGGCCAACUGGAGGAGGUGGGUGCCGGCUACAUUUUCUUCUGUAGCUGUCGCCCCAGGGCAGAGCGACGAGACGCAGGUGUUACCUUCGCCAUCCGAAACGACAUCGUGGGACGACUGCCCUGUCUGCCGCAGGACAUCAGCGAUUGCCUGAUGAACCUCCGUUUGCCUCUCCGGGUAGGCAAAUUCGUCACUGUCAUCAGCGCCUACGCUCCCCCGAUGACUAGUCCUGACGCCGCCAGAGACAAAUUCUACGAGGACCUGCACAACCUCCUGGCGACUGUGUCGAAGGCGGAUAAGUUGAUUGUCCUUUGGUGA